AGCCAUCUUGGCUCCCAGCUCGCACGAUCUCAGUGCUGCUCUGGUUGAGCUGGUUGGCCGUGUUCUGCGCCAGUCCCCACAGCGGCAACCGCAGGCCCGCCGCGCGACGCCGCGCGGGCAUACAGCGCGAGCGUGCAGCUUUGGGCAGGCGUCCAGCAGAGGCUCUAGACGAUGUCGACACAGCUUCAUGGCAUGUCCGAGCUCAUCAGGCGUCUGGAGGCCAUCGCAGAAGCAUGCGGCGAGAAAACCCAGAAGGACGCGGCUCAUGAGAAGGACGAGUUCUUACGGGUGAAACGUCGGGUCUACACUCUGCUGGAGUCAUCGCGUGGUGAUAUACAUGAUCGCGAGGCUCUGCUCAAGAAGAGAGGCAAUUGCUUCGAGACGAUCCAGAAAGGUCACGCCAUUAGACAGAGCCUGGACGAACUAAGGCAGUCAAUGCCGAGGCUCCAGGAACUGCAUAAAAAGGCGCAGGGCAAGCGCUCGGCUGGCAGGAAGCAGGAGGAACUCCAGGCACGCUACAAAGACAUCCGGAUAUCUAAUAGGCACGUGGACGAGGUCCACGACUUGUUCCUGCGCUCCGGCGCCGAGGGCGCCGGUGCGGGCAGCGAGCCCGCCGCGCAGCUGCUCGGCCUGCGCUCGGCGGCAUACGCUCCAGCGAGCGGGGAGAAUUCCAAGCGGGGCCUCACCGAUGAGGAGAGAUCCGCCCUCGAGCACAUGAAGAGGCGGGACGAGGAAUUGGACAAGGAGGUCGCUGAGCUCGGCCUCGUGGUAGAACGUCUGGACCCCCUCGCAAGGCAGAUAGGCGAGCCUGGAGCAAAAUCGUUCCGAACAGUGCGUCGUUGUUACACUUCGUUCGUUUGCUACAGUUGUUAAAUGAAGGAUCGAUCGUGAAGGGCCCAGAGCGUUGUCGUAAUUGGUUGAUCUUUUGAUGGUUUCUUUGGCCCACCGUGGCCCAGAGCAACUAGACAGGGGCACCAUGAGAAACCGGCACGGGUAGAAACGAACGUGCCCAUCCCGCGCAGGACCUCUGGAUCCUCUUGCGAGGUCUGUCGGCAUCGCGCUUUGGUUCGCUGAACCCCGUAGCUGCAGGCCCGAGUUUGGGCCGGCCGUGUUUGUCUGGGAUAAAUGGGAGGUGAGGGUGCCAGUCCCGGUCACAGGUAUCUCUGCGGACCACAUGCGGCAGAGGGCUGAGAACAUGAACGAGGAUGUCGCACAGGCGGAGAAGGACAUGCAGCUGUUGAAUAAAAAGAUCACAGAAGUGAUGCGCUACGAGAAGAACACGAAUUGUUGUUGCCAGAUGGUGUUGGGCAUUGCCUUGCUAUGUUGCGUGGGCUUCGUAUUUAAUCAGAUAGGCAUUUGAUCGACGGCCUGUUCCGACGCCUUUCCUUGGGAGGCUGCUGAUAACUAGCAGUGGACCCAUCCGUACUGCCAGGAGUCCGUACAGCACAUUCCAGGAUACCAGAAAAGAGGCAACUGCAGCAUGGACCAGACAUUGGAAACAAGAGUCCGUGAUGCGCGGAA